AUAAUGUACUUAGUUGAACAAAUUACACUACUGAUAAAGUUGAAAAAUAAUUACCUAUGUCAUCAUUCAUAAUUAUUAUUUCAACUAUCGCUAAUGUCAUAUAACUUGUAACUUUGUAAGUUUAAUUUACUGAAAAUAGAAAAAUGACCCGGAAACAUACCUUUGUUGGUGCUUACGCUCAUUCCGAUAACAAAAGACAACUUUCUGUAUGUUUCGGGUUUUUGACUAUUGAAAAUGGAAAGAUAACACAAAAAGGAUCAAUUGAAGAGUUUGAAGAGCUUCUCAGUUCUGGUAAAUUCAGUGAGCAUAUUGUAAUAAAUCUAAGUGAUAGUCAACUAAUAAUUCCUGGAUUUAUUGACUGUCAUAUCCAUGCUCCACAAUUCCCCAACAUUGGCCUCGGCUUAGACAGACCUUUACUUGAAUGGCUGGACAAAUAUACAUUCCCAUUAGAAAAGAAGUACAGUGACACUGUAUUUGCGAGUAAAGUCUAUGAUCAAGUUGUUCAAAGAUUGUUAAAAAAUGGCACAACCACAGCUUGCUACUUUGGAUCAUUACAUUUGGAUGGUACAUUAGAGCUAGUGAAGAGUGUCCUCAAGUAUCAUCAAAGGGCAUUUGUUGGAAAAGUCAGCAUGAAUUUACAGAAUGAUGCAGGAUACUAUAAUUCAACAGAAAAGGAAUUGCAAGACGCUGAAGAGUUUGUACAGAAAGUAUUAGACUAUAAAAAUGAGCUAAUUCAACCAGUUGUCACACCAAGAUUUGCUGUCAGUUGUGAUCAUCAACUGUUAAGUGGACUUGCAAUGAUCGCUAACAAAUAUGGUUGUAGUAUGCAGAGUCAUGUGUGUGAAAAUUUAAAGGAAAUAAAUUAUGUUUUGGAAAUAAAUCCACGCUGCAAAAGUUAUUGUGAGGUUUAUGACAAGAGUAAAAUUUUGCAUGAAAAGUGUAUAAUGGCACAUGCUGUACAUCUAACAGAUGAAGAAAUUGAUUUACUGUCAAAGAAAAGAGUCUCCAUAGCUCACUGUCCCGCUUCGAACACUCGCCUAAAGUCAGGCCUCUGUCCUGUUAGGAAGCUUCUGGACAAUAAUAUUAUCGUCGGUCUCGGGACAGACGUGUCCGGAGGCGACAGUGCGACAAUACUUGACGCCGUGCGCAGAACGAUGGAUGUGUCUACGUGCUUGGAACUACAAGGUGCCGAUAAUUAUUCACUCGAUUGGAAAGAAGCGUUUUAUCUUGCAACAUUGGGUGGUGCUAAAGCUCUGAAUUUGGAUGAUAAGAUCGGAAAUUUUGAAGUUGGCAAGGAUUUCGACGCGCUACUAAUAGACGCAUACGCUCCCGACGGCCCCAUAGACGAGUACGAGUAUUCCGUGGACGAAAAUAAGGAAGAACAUGCCGUUAGCCUUCUCCAAAGGUUCAUCUAUUUGGGGGACGAUAGAAAUAUCCUCCAAGUCUAUGUUAAAGGAAAGAGCGUCAAAACUAUUUAAACAUAUUUUCUUUGUUACUUAUUUACAUAUUAUGUAAAGAAUGAGAAUAUAUAUAAAUUG